AUGCCAAAUAUAGAAUUCGAGUUUGUGGAAGUAGAUGAAUCUAAUGAACCUGAACCUACUGAAAUGAAUGAAGCUAAUGAUGAUAUCGAUGAAGCGAAAGAGAAAGAAGACGAAGAGUUUGAAUUUCCAUUAUUUGCUGCACCAUCAAGUUCUGCUCAUCAAGAUGGAGAGCUCUCUAAGAUGGAAGAAGAUGAAGAGACUAGAGGAAGAAAUAAAGAUAGAGUCAUGAAAGUAUCAUUGAGAGAAGAAUCAGUAGAGGUCAUUAAAAAUGAAAGACCUCUUUCCUAUUAUAUGGCAACAUACACAGACGAAGACAAGUCACAAUUUAUUGCUGCAGCAGUAACAGCUGGUGAUAUCUAUAGUCAAUUAGAAAUAAUCACUCCAGUGAGAGAUCCUAAACCUUGGAAGUGUAUUGACUUAUCAAAAUAUAAUCGUGAAGUAGAAAGAGAGAUUCAGAAAAAUAAUGCAAAAACCAAGAGCCGUAGUAGACCUGGGAAGAAGAAGAGAUUGAACAUAAUAGCAUGCCGUGAAAGAAAACUAGAAAGAAAGAAGGUCGAUAAGAAAAUACAGAAAGAAUUGGAUGCUAAAAUUAAGAAAAAGAUGUUUCAUAAAAGAGGUGGUAAGAAGCAUAAGAAAGUCGCUAGUCUGGCCCAAAGCAAGCCAAAAUAUAGAACUGAAUAG